GUCGGAGCGGGCGAUGGAGUGCCCAGUAUGCCUGGAGACGAUGACACCACCUAUCCUGCAGUGCCAACGCGGGCACAGCCUCUGCAGCCGCUGCACAAGUCGCGGCCACACGAAAUGCCCUAUUUGCCGCUCGCCCAUGACGGAUAUGAGGAACUGGGCUUUGGAAGAUAUCAUUUCAAAGGUGAAUACACCAGCCCCAGUGCCAACGCCAGCGGCACCGUCGUCCAAACUGCUCUGUCCUCACAAAGAUGCGGGCUGCGGGUUCACAUUCAGCCAAGCUAAAGCACGCGAGCUUAAUGAGCACGCCAAUGAAUGUAUCUUCAGGGACAUGCUCUGCCCGCUUGGCGCCGCUUUCAGCAACUGUUUCUGGAUAGGUAAACUCAAAAGCAUGAUGGACCACUUCAAACAAAGCCACUCAUCCAGCUGCGAGAUUGUCUCCGGCGUCGACACGGAACUCGAGCUCCCCCUCAACCAAGACCUGGUCAAGGUCUACCUAGCUGCCACUGGCAAUAUGCACUUCAUCAUCACCAUGAAAAUAGACAUGACUGAGUGGAAAUAAUCUGCCCACUGCCUCCUGGGUUGUGCAGCAUAUUGGCAGUAAGAAAAACGCGCGUCUAUACACAUAUGAGAUUCAUCUAACUAGUAAGCAGGACGUUAGGCGGCGCUCUGUGAUGGUGGAACACUGCGUCAAUGAUGUGGUGGAGCCUCUGGAUGUUAUUAGGGAGGGGAGAU